ACAUAUUCUUCAUAGUACAGAAAUUAAUUCUAACAUGCACAGUUGGGAUGAAAUAAGAUUAAAUUACUGCGCUUCAUUUCUAUACGACUAAACAGAAAAGCACAAGAAGAUUAUCUGAAAACUAAUUGUUAAUAAACACUGUCUUUAUAGAGGCAAAGCAUCAGUGACAUGGAGGUUAGACAUAGAAAGUUAAGAACAGAAAAUGAAGACAUUUUUGAAGCAGAAUCGAAACCACGUUUUAAGAAAGGACAACCGGGAAAAAGAUAUUUUGUGGUUGUGGCUUUGUUGGGAAUUCUCUUCCUGGGAUAUAUAGCAAUAGCAUACGACUUGAAGCCAGUACGUCUGGGUAGCAAAGCAAUUGAUACAUUGGCUUUCUCUUUCAAUCUGCAAAAACCAUUUUACGUUGUAGUAAUUGACGCGGGCUCGACCGGUAGUCGAGCGUUAGCUUUCAGUUUUCACGAAUCAAUUCUAGGUGGUAAUUUGGUUUUGGACGAGGAGCUGUACACUGAGACAAAACCAGGCCUUAGUGCUUAUUCUGAGAGACCUAAAGACGCUGCUAAGUCUCUUAUUGUAUUACUAGAUAAAGUUAGAAGUGUUAUUCCUCGUUCGGAAUGGCAACACACACCUCUUACUAUGAGAGCCACUGCUGGUUUGCGGCUUCUUCCUGGACAUAAAGCUCAAGAGAUCCUUCAAGAAUGUAGGAAAAUGUUUGAAGAAAGUGGUUUCCUGCUGUCUAAAAAUUCAAUUUCUAUAAUGGAAGGAAGGGAUGAGGGUAUUUUCUCAUGGUUCACUGUCAAUUUUCUAUCAGAAAGGUUUAAUACGCACAAUCCUGGUAGCACAGUUGCUGCAUUGGAUCUUGGUGGAGGUUCUACCCAGGUGACUUUUUCACCUAAUCCCCAACAGGAAAAGAAACUUGACGGACACAUAUACUCUGUUAAUAUUUUCAAUCAUAACAUGAGUGUUUAUACGCACAGUUAUUUGGGUAUGGGUCUUAUGGCUGCCAGAAAAGAGAUUCUAACUUAUGGAAUGAACUUGGACAAUGUAAAUCCAAAAACUGUAAUACAGUCGGAAUGUAUAAAUCCCAUAGUUUCUACCGAAUGGAGUUACGGUGGAGUUAAUUAUAUUAUCAAAGGACCUGUCAAUGGGACUCAUAAAUUGGUGAAAACGCAAAACUUUGCUGGUGGAGAAGAGGAUAGGCCAAUUGUUAACUUCCCCGAAUGUUUGAAGAUCAUUGAAAAAUAUGUCGGUAGGAUUAAAAAUAAACCGGAGGGUUUAAAAGAUCAUGAAAUUUACGCCUUUUCUUAUUAUUUUGAUCGUGCGACAGAGGUUGGUCUAGUCGAUCCCUUUUUUGGCGGAGCUAUCCAAGUAAGUGCGUUUUUGAAACAUGCAAAGGAAGCCUGCGAUUAUCCAAACACUGAUCAACCUUUUAUUUGCCUUGAUCUAACGUUCAUUUAUAUUCUUCUGCGUGACGGAUUUGGAUUAGAACCCACUACGAAACUUUAUCUUUACAAGAAGAUCAAUGGACACGAGUUAAGCUGGGCCCUUGGUGCUGCCUUUAAUAUUAUCCAAAAUGGUCUUUAACGCAGCUCAAAAAUAGGGAAAUGAAUUACAAAUAUUUUUGCACAAAUAUUAGAACGUAUCAAUUGUUAUGAAACUAUUCGUUUUAAGUAGAAAUCAUUUAUUUAUUAACACGUUUACUGGUCUUAUCACAUAUUCAGUUGUUCUCUUUUUACAUUGUCUAAUGUACAUACAACGUGUUUAUACCUCAUAUAACAUAUUUUCUAAUGUGUUCAGACAUUUUCGAGCAAUUGCAGUAUUAAUGAAAGUAAACGUGUUAAAUUUUAAUAUCAGAGAUUCUUAAGGUUUUAGGUAUUUUAAAACUGUUCUUGAAAAUCGAUGACGUUUUUAUUGUUUAUACUUAUAAUGUAUACAUAGAAAUUUAGACGACGGAUUGAAAAUAUCAUACUAAUUAGUGACUAAAUAUUGUUUUAAAAAACCUUUAAAAAGAAACUUGAGGAAUGUAUAUAUUGAAUUUUAAUAAAACUAAUGACAAUUUCAUAAAAAAUAAUAAUGAUUUAUAAAUUGUUUAAGGAACGUACGUAACUUCUAAACACGUAUAUCUUAUUCGAUUAUUUAUUUUAUUCUAUAGAGCUUCCCUAUAUUAGGGACACGUUUUCUUAAGAAUUUCUGGUAAAAGCUAAGUUACUAUGUACGGUAAAUGUCAAUUGAUAUUGGGAUAUUAAUAUUUUUCAUCCUAUUUCUUUACUCUUUCUAGUACAAUUUAUUUCGUCAUUUUAUAAAGUGUACAUAUUCAAUAAUUUGACUUUUUCAAUUAAAAACGUAAAAGAAGAGGUAGAUACUAGUGUAAUUUAAAUACUUGUUCCUUAUUUAUUAAUAUACAAAACUUCUGUAACGAUGAAACAAUAUACCAGAAAAAAAGAGAAGUUUCUAUUAUUACAAAACA